AUGGCGCUUAGCAAUUUCCUCUUCGCUCAGUGCAUCUGCUACUUCCUGGCCUUCCUCUUCAGCUUCAUCGUGGUGGUGCCUCUGUCCGAGAAUAGCAAUGACUUCCACGGCCGGUGCCUGCUCUUCACCGAGGGCAUGUGGCUCAAUGCCAACCUGACGGUGGAGAGGCAGCGCUUCACCGUGCAGGAGUGGGGGCCUGAGGCCGCCUGCCGCUUCAGCAUCUUCACCGGGCUCCUCUCCCUGCUGCUGGCCACAGUGCAGGCCUGGCGGACCCUCUUCUUCCUCUGCAAAGGGCAUGAGGACUCUUUCUUUUAUGCUUUCCUGAAUCUGCUGAUCAGCGCCUUUGUGGUGUUUAUCACAUUUAUUGCUAGCACUAUAGUGAGUGUAGGAUUUAACAUGUGGUGUGAUGCAAUUACCGAAAAAGGAAGCAUGCCAAAUAGCUGUGAAGAAUUACAGGAUAUAGAUCUUGAACUGAACUUAGAAAACUCUGCUUUCUACGACCAGUUUGCUAUUGCACAGUUUGGUCUCUGGGCUGCCUGGCUGACUUGGCUGGGAAUUACCAUUCUGGCUUUCCUGAAGGUUUAUCACAACUACAGACAGGAGGACCUGCUAGAUAGCCUGAUCCAUGAGAAGGAGCUGUUGCUAGGAAGAUCCUCUUCACGAACCUCUUUGCAAGAUGAGAAAAGUGCCAUGAUCUAA